AGGUCGCUGACGUCGCUGACUUCACGCAAGGGUGAUGCAGGGCCACAAAGUAUCGUGUGAGUGAGUGUUCCUGAAUUAAAGCAAAGUGUUUCAGUUGAUUGAAGUCAAAUGCUAAGUCUCACUACUUCAGGUAUUAAUGCCAUUUCUGGGGCAAGCUGGUUAGGUGGGCUGAAUUAUAGCAUGCCACCUUGCGAUGGGUGUAUAUUACUCUGGUAUUUUGCUUCAUCUGACCUUCUUUGCGGUUUUGACCUUUGGUCACGUAAAUAUAACGGAUUUCAUACCGCAUAAUUACGUCAAAGAUGUACCACCACCUCCAGACGGAGAGGAUGGUAAACAUCACGUUCGCCUCUCCAUCCGAUUCAUCAAUCUACUAGAUGUGAACGAACUGACGAGCUUCAUUCAACUGUCGUGUUUCUUCCGUGUCUACUGGGUCGACUCUCGUCUGCGCUCGCAAUUAGCGUCGAAGCGAGCUCCUAUAACGAUUUCGGAGCUAGUCGCCAGGCGUCUUUGGCGACCGGACAUUAUUAUUGAAAACACUUUGAUGACUGUGAAAAAUGGCAUCAUCAAGCCCACCGUAUACAAUGGCAGAUUCUGGGGGCAGACCAUGCUGGUAUCCAACUACCUGUCCCUUCGAAUCGGAUGCUCUUUCCAGUAUGAAGGAUAUCCUUUUGACGUGCAAAUAUGCAGCGUUGUUUUCACAAACAUGGGAAUGACUAUAAGCGACAUUCACUUGGACUGGGCUCAUCCACCCUACUCCAUGGAAAGGAAUACUUUUCUCACGUUUCAAGACCGCUUCAAGAUUCGUUUAUGUGAGGACAAAACAGAACAUGUCCGUCGAAGCAAGCUUGGUGAACAUCCACAGAAAACACUCCUUGUCGUCAUGGAGCGCAACUACAUGACAUACGUGGUACAGCUGUUCCUGCCAACCAUCCUUUUCGUCUUGGUUGCCUGGUUCAGUAUCCUGGUGCCGCCGACAAUGCUGCGCACUAGGCUGCUGCUCAACACCACCAAUCUGUUGACGUUGUUCUCCCUGUUUGUGGCCAUAUCACACGCCGAGGACACCUACAUCCCCAAGGUCAGCUACCUGACGGCCCUCAGCCUGUGGAUGUACGUCUGCGUCAUGUUCCUUCUAAGUUCUAUGCUGGUUGUCAUCUUUGACAUGCGUCUGAUCGCGAUACUGACGCAACCGCGACAUAGACGCCGUGCUCGGAAGAUAGUGAUGGGCGUCUAUAACCGGCGAGUCGCGCCACUCGGCUCCAACCAGACUGUCGAGUCUGCCCAGAAGGAGAGCACUGACCGUAUCGCCGCCGCCGCCGCCGCCGUGGACAGCUCAGCCACCGCCAGACUGCGCCGGCAGGCCUCCGGGUUUCUGGCCGACGCCGGCGACGCCGACGGGGAGCUGAUCAUGAAGACGGUCAGCAAGCCGCUGACCGCGACGGCGUCCGACGCUUCCAGCGACGAAGACGAGAUCGCGCACCGGCGUCACGUCUGGCUCACGCUAACCGCCUUCUACGAGCAAAUAUACCUCAUGGCAUUCCCGGUGCUGUUUUGCCUAUUCCUGGUUAUCUUCUUCUGGGUGUACGUUCGGCGGCGGCGCCUGCACCUGGAGCAGCUGCUGGGGACGCUUCGCGCCUCGAACGCGUCGGCCGGCUGCUGGUGCACCGAUCAGGAUGACUGGGUCGGCUGUAUGGCCCCCCACCAGUACCGAGAGUACGAGUAAUGGGGAGUGAUGUCUAGGUCGCGGAGUGCCAACAAAUAAGCCGUCAAAUAAGCCGUUUCAUGAAUGUUUUGCGUAAUUUGCCGUGUAUGUGUGUGGGACGCGACCAUUUUGUGAAGUGUUUUGAAAAUAUAUGUGAACUGUGUGUCUGUACGCAAAUGUCACACCGAUCAUUA